UAAAAAAAUAAAUAAAAAUUGGUCAGCGGCAUAUAAAUAUUGCUUCGUUCCCUUCCAUCGGAAGCUUUCGAAUUCGAAGCAAGGGAUUUUAUUUAUUCGACCGUUGUGGGUGGUUUAUUUCAUUUAUAAAAGAAAAAAAAAAAAAAAAAAAAAAAAAAAGAAGAACGAAAUUUUGAAACCGACCUACAUUGUAAUAUGGCGGUGGAGGAGGAGGAGGAGACGAAGUUCAGCGUGCUGUGCAGCCUCUUCAACUGGAUGUUGAGGAGCAAAUCGGCGGCGAAGAAGCGGUCGAAAUUCCGGAAAUUCCUGGACAACUUCUGCAAACCCUCCGACUACUUCAGCUCGAUCCGCCUCAUCCUUCCCGGCCUUGACCGCGAGCGAGGUUCGUAUGGCCUCAGGGAGUCCGUACUCGCCACCUCUCUUAUCGACGCCCUCGGCAUGUCUAGGGAUUCCGACGAUGCUCUCCGCCUCAUCAAUUGGCGCAAAGGCGGUGCCAAAACCGGUGCUUACGCUGGCAAUUUUGCUCUUGUUGCCGCCGAGGUGCUUCAGCGUCGACAAGGAAUGACUUCUGGUGGACUAACAAUUAAGGAGCUUAAUGAGUUGCUUGAUCGUUUGGCUUCUAGUGAAAAUAGGGCAGAAAAGAUAACAGUUCUUUCUACUCUAAUUAAAAAGACAAAUGCUCAGGAAAUGAAGUGGAUCAUUAUGAUCAUUCUUAAAGAUUUGAAGUUGGGGAUUAGUGAAAAGAGCAUUUUUCAUGAAUUUCAUCCAGAUGCUGAAGACUUGUUUAAUGUCACCUGUGACUUAAAAUUGGUCUGUGAAAAAUUGAGGAACCGCAGUCAGCGGCACAAACGUCAGGAUAUUGAAGUUGGAAAGGCUGUGCGCCCUCAACUAGCUAUGAGAGUUGGUGAUGCAACUGUUGCAUGGAAAAAGCUUCAUGGGAAGGAAGUGGUUAUUGAAUGCAAAUUUGAUGGGGAUCGCAUUCAAAUUCAUAAGAAUGGAAAUGAGAUCUGUUACUUUUCAAGGAAUUUUCUUGAGCACUCUGAAUAUGGACAUGCAAUGUCAGACAUUAUUAUACAAAAUGUUAUGGCUGAUAGGUGUAUACUUGAUGGUGAAAUGUUGGUUUGGGAUACAUCUUUGAAUCGUUUUGCUGAGUUUGGUUCAAAUCAGGAAAUAGCCAAGGCAGCAAGAGAUGGAUUCGAUAGUGAUCGACAGUUGUGCUAUGUUGCAUUUGAUAUUCUUUAUGUUGGAGAUACUAGUGUUAUUCACCAAAGCUUGAAGGAAAGACAUGAACUUCUCCAAAGAACUGUGAAGCCUUUGAAGGGGCGUCUGGAGAUCUUAGUACCCAAUGGUGGUAUUAAUAAUCAUCGUAAUUCUGGGGAACCUUGUUGGUCACUUAUUGCUAAUAAUGUGGACGAUGUUGAAAGGUUUUUUAAAGAAACCAUUGAAAACAGAGAUGAAGGAAUUGUUUUAAAGGAUCUUGGCUCCAAAUGGGAACCCAGUGACCGGAGUGGAAAGUGGUUGAAAUUGAAGCCUGAAUACAUACGUGCUGGUUCCGAUCUGGAUGUUCUUAUAAUAGGAGGAUAUUAUGGAUCUGGACGACGUGGGGGGGAGGUAGCUCAAUUUUUGGUGGGCCUUGCUGAGCGUCCUGCCCCAAAUACAUAUCCAAGACGUUUUAUAUCUUUUUGCAGAGUUGGAACUGGACUUUCUGAUGAGGAACUAGAUGCUGUCGUAACAAAGUUAAAGCCUUACUUUAGAAAAUAUGACUAUCCAAAAAGGGCCCCACCAAGUUUUUAUCAUGUGACAAAUAAUUCCAAGGAGAGGCCAGAUGUUUGGAUUGACAACCCUGAGAAAUCAAUAAUACUUUCCAUUACUAGUGACAUCCGAACUAUAAGGUCUGAGGUUUUUGCUGCACCAUACAGCCUUAGAUUUCCACGUAUUGACCGAGUCAGAUAUGACAAACCUUGGCAUGAAUGUCUUGAUGUGCAAUCAUUUAUUGAGCUUGUACAUUCAAGCAAUGGUACCACACAGAGAGGGACAGAUUAUGGUGGACUGCAAGAUAAUAAACUAAAACGCAGGAAAUCCUCUACAAAGGAUGAAAAAAGGAAUCUAUUGGCUGUUCCUUCUCAUUUUGUUCAUACAGAUAUUUCUGGCAUUAAGGAGGACACCUUGAUUUUUUCAAAUAUGAUGUUCUACUUCAUUAAUGUUCCUUCGACUCAUUCACUUGAUACCUUGCAUAAAAUGGUUGCUGAGAAUGGGGGCUCUUUCUCCAUGAAUUUGAAUAACUCUGUCACUCACUGUAUUGCAGCUGAAAGCAAGGGGAUCAAAUAUCAGGCAGCAAAACUCCGUGGUGAUGUUAUUCAUUACUCUUGGGUUUUGGAUUGCUGUUCUAAAAGAAGUCUACUGCCUUUGCAGCCAAAGUAUUUCCUCUUCUUAUCCGACUCUUCUAAGAAAAAGUUACAAGAAGAAAUUGACGAAUAUUCUGACUCAUACUACCAGGAUCUUGACCUUGCAGACAUCAAACAGCUGUUAAGCAAUGUGGAGACAUCAGAAGAUACCAAGGCUGUGGACUGUUACAAGUUAAAAUACUGUCCGAUGGAAAAGUGGUCUCGCUUCCAUGGGUGCUUUAUUUACUUUCAUGCUUCACUACAGUCUUUGAAACCAGAUUGGGAAGUUGUGUUAGGACUUGCACUGAGGAGAUUAAAGAUUGAAGUUUGCAUGGGUGGUGGCAAAGUCAGUGACAGUCUUUCUCAUGCAACCCAUUUGGUAAUCUUGUCAGUUCCAGGAUUUAAUUUGGAUGUUGAAAAUGUACUAAGAAGUUUGACCACAAUGGAGAAACAUCUUCAGAAGAAGCGAUUGCAUAUGGUUGAAUCUCAGUGGUUGGAAGACUGCUUGGAAAGGGAAGAAAGGUUGCCAGAAGAAACAUAUAGCUUGAAGCCUGCAGUGGAAGAGCUGGACAUUGGGGAGUGUGACCACGACGUUGAUCUGGAAAUCCCUUCUGAUAUGGACUUUGCGGAAAGACAGGAAUUGGCUUCUUUCCCUAAUAAAGAAGAACAAGAGAUAAGAGGCAAAAAUGCUCUAAAAACCCAUAGAAUCUUGGCCUCAGGUGAGCCUGUUUCAAAGAGGAAACGAGGAAGACCUGCUGGCACAAGCACAAAGAAAGGAAAACUUGGGGUCAACCAAGCUCAAAGAAGACGAAUACAUAUUCAAAAGAGGCCUGCUAAAAUAUCUGGCAAUGCAUCGGAUGAAUGUGGUUCUGAUGAUGAUCAUACAUUUAAAGAAGAGAGCAAAGCAAGGGAGCAAAAUUAUGGAUUGAUAGGUAAAGAAAAUUUGGAAAUCCAAGAAGCCAAAACGGUAGAAGAUUCUGAGUCAUCACGGAGAGGCAAGGCAACUGAACAAGAAGAUGUUAGACAUGAAGAGUGGUUUAAUAGAGUUCCUGAAAUUGACAUGUCUGAAAAGUGCGAUAAUGAGGACAAUAAGAAGCCUGAGAAGCUGGAAAUGAUGACAGAUCCAGUUGAAGCCAUGUUGUUGGAUAUGAUUCCAAGCCUAGGAACGAAGAAAAUCGAAACUGCAAAUAAAUCCUUUGAAGAUGGGAAGCCAUCAGCGGAUAUGAAUGCUCCAUCAGCGGAUUUGAAUGUGGAGCCUACGAAGAAAAAGAAAGUUAGCUACAAGGAUGUUGCUGGUGAACUGCUCAAAGAUUGGUAAUAUGAUUAUUUAUUUAUUAUUAUUAUAAUUAUUAUUUUGUCUUCUGCUGUAUAUAUGUCAGUUGUACAUUGUACCCUUCUGUGUUGUCAGUUUCGGAUUAGUAUAUUUAGUUGGAUGGUAAAUAGCACAAUGUCAACUGGAAGUUUCAAUCUAUGCCUUACUGCUCUGCGUGAUGACUGACUCUUUCUCCUAUGAAGCUCUCUUUUAGCAUGUAAAUGGCUCUCCUAUAAGUACUUUGUUUUAGCCAAUAUAUUGUAUAGUAAUGCUAGUAUUGCCUACUUAACUAGGAGUUAAAAUGCUUGUAUAUAUGUGUAUAUAUACAGUUCCCUUCAAAUAUGUGUAUAUUUACAGUUCCCUUCAAAUAUGGAUGUCCAAACGUUAUUUAACUUGUGGUA